AUGUCAUAUCAGCAUCCGCCGUUACAUAAUAUUUUUGUGAGCGUGGACGCAGAUCGUUCCGGCAAAAUCAGUGCCGAUGAGCUGCAGAGGGCCCUAUCGAAUGGCACUUGGAAUCCAUUCAAUCCUGAAACAUGUCGCUUGAUGAUAAGUAUGUUUGAUUCGGAUCGAGAUGGUGCAAUAAAUUUCAAUGAAUUUGCAAGCCUUUGGGAAUACAUCAAUCAGUGGACGCAGUGUUUUCGGUCAUUCGACGUCGAUAACUCUGGCAAUAUCGAUAAACGAGAGCUCUCGAUGGCGCUCACUAAAUUUGGUAUGUUUGAUUCGGAUCGAGAUGGUGCAAUAAAUUUCAAUGAAUUUGCAAGCCUUUGGGAAUACAUCAAUCAGUGGACGCAGUGUUUUCGAUCAUUCGACGUCGAUAACUCUGGCAAUAUCGACAAACGAGAGCUCUCGAUGGCGCUCACUAAAUUU